AUGUCCGGGUUCAAAGUCAGGAGCCCAACCAGGCCCCGUGUGUUCUACGACCGGUUUAUAAAGCUGACCCCCAGCUCAAAGACUUGGCUGGGGGUUCCGGAGUUCGAGAUAACGCUAGACUUGGUCAGAAUGGAACUUGCUGCCUUCUUCCGAACGGAUUCCUCGCCCAACCGGCCGGGGUUCUACAAGUUGAACAUGGAGUUCCGUCAUUUAGACAAGGUGCAUUGGCAACGUAUCGAUGGCAGCCAGUCGUGGGCGAUGGUGAUUCCGCUAAAGCACCCACCUCAUUAUUUCUGGAAGCGAGAGAGCGUCGAGCAGACCUUUGCGGAGAACUCGCCCACAUGGACAAGAAGCCUCAUCUGGCAUCGCGCCACCAAUAUCGAAACGGUCUUGGACGGUCAAAUGUUUCGGCAGUUGUCGCUGCAAGACUCAGCCGAGAUGACAGACCCGUCGUUCGUCAACCUUGGGCGGUGGACGGCGUUUGGAUUUCUCUUCCAUGAGGUGGGGAGAGCUUCGCAAGCCCUAGAUGCCCUUCAAGAUUUCAACGUGACCAUUGACUCGGCUACAAAACUCAAGGUAGCCGAAACUUCCCUCCCCCUAUGGAAUCUGAUCCACGCGGAGCCCGCGACGCAACUUGGCAUGGUCAAACGGUUCCCGCAUGUCGCGAACCUGUGUCGCGUAUCAGGUCUACUUCAUGCUUUGCCCUUUGACAUCCGGUACCAACUAGAGGUGUGCAUAUCCCGCGGUGCCCUCUCAGAAUACGCCAUUGACGCGGCGUUCUUACUGAAACUAGAGAGCAUGAAUCGCAGCGAAUCUCGACGCAUACUGGAGCGCGUGGCAGACGAAGGCAAGAGAGUAACCGACCCGAUGACUAUUUUUGGCAAAACUGGAGCAGCUUCAUUUGAGAUUAGUCCGCCGCCGAGUCUCCGGAGCCUCUCCUACUGCGUGGUGAUGCGCAAGGUCAUGGUUACCCCGACCACGCUGUAUCUCACCUCUCCCACCCUCGAGGUAGCCAAUAGAGUCCUUCGCAGGUUCCAACAUCUCCAAGAUCGCUUCAUUCGCGUACAAUUUACGGGAGAGCUGUACGAGGGCAGGAUUCGCCCCGCGCGGACAGCGAGAGGGACGACCACAUCUACAAGCGGGUCUACCGAGUUCUCUUUCGGGGAUCCGCGUUGGAGGGCGGCACUACGAGUUUCUAGCUUUUGGAAACUCCCAGAUUCGGGAAAACGGCGCGUACUUCUUUUCCCCACGAACCAGAUAUCCUGCGACGACAUCCGUAACUCGAUGGGCAAGUUCAGCCACAUUCGCACCGUUGCCAAAUUCGCCGCUCGCAUGGGCCAAUGCUUUUCCUCCACGAGGGAGAUUCGGACCAUCAGCGUCCCCAAGAUUCGCCCCAUCGAGGACGUCGAGAACGCGGCUGGGUACUGCUUCACCGACGGCGUGGGAAAGAUAUCCGCGUUCCUGGCCGCCAUGAUUGUGCAGGAGCUCGACUUAGACUUUGCCCACAUGGCUCCCUCCGCGUACCAGUUCCGAAUGGGCGGCUGCAAAGGCGUAUUGGCCGUCUGGCCCGACGCGAAGAAGCGUGAGGUGCACGUUCGCAGAUCGCAGGCCAAGUUCGAGUCCGAGUAUAACGGCUUGGAGAUAAUCCGCUACCCAGACCUUUUGGAUUUGCUGAGCGUCCACGUCGAAAAGCACAACAGCGCACAGAUUUACAGCCGCGACGCCAUCAGCCUCCUCCGCCAACAAGUGGACGAAAACCAAACGACGCUGACCUUGGCCGAGAUCGUCCUCCACGGCUUCCGCGAGCCUGCGGUCAAGGAGCCGUUUAUUUCCACCGUUCUCAAUCUAUGGAGGGAACCUCAACGAAAGAUCUGUCGACAUUCCGGCGCUGAGGCACUUGCGAGACGUGGUGGUUUUCCCGCAAAGGGUGACCGUGAUCUGCCCAGCAUGUUGUCGGGCGGUGACCUCGACGGGGAUGACUUCUUCGUGAUUUGGGAGCCAACCCUGAUCCCGCCGGAAUGGAAUCACCCGCCCAUGGACUAUCAACCUCCCAAGCCCAAAGAGAUUGACACGGACGUCCAAGUUUGCCAUCUCCAAAAGUUUUUCGUGAGCUAUAUGAAGAAUGAUAUUUUGCCUACCGUGGCGCUGGCCCAUCUUGCCCACGCCGAUAACCUUCACGAUGGUGCCAAAAACCCAAAGUGUAUAACGCUUGCCAAGUUACACUCAAAAGCGGUCGAUUAUGUCAAGUCGGGUGAGCCUGCAGAGAUGGACAAGUCGCUGAUCCCUAGGCGGUGGCCCCAUUUCAUGGAGAAGAGGGUGCCCCGGGACAUGAUAUACCGGUCGAAAAGGGCCUUGGGCGCCAUCUACGACACCAUUUGCGACGUUGCCUUCAUACCCUCCUACACCCAUAAUUUUGACAAGCGAAUCCUGGACAAGGCCCCGCAGGAUGCAGAGCUUCUCGAAAAGGCCCGCCAAAUCAAAGCCCAGUACGACGUGAGCAUGCGGCGCAUCCUAAGCCAGCGAGAGAUUGCCACGGAAUUCGAGGUCUGGUCCGGGUUCGUCCUGUCCAAGCCGCGGGUGGGCAGCGCGUACAAGGUUCAAGAAGAGAUUGGUCGCCAGUUUGGAAGCGUCCGGCAGAAAUUUCGAGAGCUUUGCUACGAGGCGGCGGGAAGCUCGUCGGGCGACGGACUGAAAGCGUUCGUCGCCGCCAUAUACAAGGUGACUUCUGACGAGGCAAAGGCCGCCUUGGAGGGCCCGGGAGAUCCUACUCGGCACACGAUGGCAGACGCAUCUAGACGCAAGGGUGUCGAUUGGAUACCUGGCGGGUCGUCACGAGCCUCAGAAUUUGCCGAGGACAACGAGGACAGCGAGGAUAACAGGGACGACAAGGAAAAGGGAGAUAGCGAGGACAACAAUGCGACGAGUAGAGACGGAACUGGCGAUGCCAAUCCCCUCCCUAUGCAACCUCCCGUAACAGAGUUCGCUCAAAUGAGGAACAGACGAAAAGCCCAGACAGCAAACUCAAGAGCCCGGAGCAUGCUCCCCAGACAGAGGAGGGAGAUAAUUUAUCCGUGGUUGAGGGAGUACUCAUCGAUCUCACACACAAGCCCAACGAAGAUGCGCCUGUAG